GUUUACAUCAUAAAUCCUGAAGUGUGAUCAGGAUCCAAACUGCAGUUCUGAUGGUGACUAGGGCGUUCCGGCUUUGAACGUGCACUCUGGUGGCUGUGGAAUCGAUUGCUUUGGAGUGCGUGGAGCCCGCAGAGGCAGCAGUGUGCUGCUGAGCUGACCUGCUGCAGUUGUGUGAGGGCGCCGCUGGGUGAGUCCCUCUCUCCGUUGCUCGUGUCUCCACAGCUCCCUUUUCCCAAAGAAAAGAAGAGGAGAUCUCGGUCCAGGGAGGAGGGCCGCCGCCAUUAUCGGAAAGCUGACAGAAUUGGCCGCUUCCAAAGGCGCUAUCGGUUCGCUAAGAGAGCAGGACACGGAGGAUUUGUGCGGCGGAGGGCUCUACAUUUGAAAGGAAACGGCACGGAGUGCGCAAAGGAGCGGACUGUUGUGUGGCGUGCGCGGCCGGCCCAGCGUUAUUAUGUGGGCACAACAAUGGACAGAAUAAUUAUUGCAAAAGCAACGUGGUAACCACAGAGGAAGACGACUUUGCUCAAAUUAGACGCCCGAUUUGCGCAGGAGACAAAGCCCAGAGCAGACCGCGGAUCGGGCUAUUGUUCGUGUUUAUUUUAUUUUAUUUUAUUUUAUUUCAUGUUUUUUAUUAUUUUUUUUUAAUUCCUUCCUCUCCGAUGUUUAAUUGGCACAAAAACUGUCUGAGAAUCCGGACGGAGUCGAUUUGAUUCACUGGAUCGGCGCUGAUCGCGGGAGGUUUGGGCAAAAGUUCCGACCCAUGCUGGAUUCUGCGGCGUUUGCUUGUGCACAUCAGGCGGCGGCGAGGGCUGCGGCAAACCCUGACAGAUGCGAGAGGAGAAAGGCAAUGCGAUGGAUCUAAUUCUUCCGAGGAAUUAUUGAAAGGACCCAACGCUCCUGUAACAGCUGUGUUGAUAACUGAAGCCAAGCAGAAGAAAGAGCCAUCAGAUCUCCCGUGUUGAUCAGCCACUUCAUGGACAGACAUCUACUCCUUUUUACAGUGCCUGUUUGUGGCAGGAUGUGCCUCAGAAGGUUAUGAUGGCGAAAAAGCAAGAUGCCCGAUCGCCCAUUUACAACCUCGUUGUGGUGGGUUUGUCAGGAACAGAGAAGGAGAAGGGGCAGUGUGGGGUUGGCAAAUCCUGUCUGUGUAAUAGGUUUGUCCGGCCAAGUGCAGAUGAUUUCUACUUGGACCACACAUCGGUGCUAAGCACCAGUGACUUUGGAGGCAGAGUGGUUAAUAAUGACCACUUUCUGUUUUGGGGGGAAGUUUCCCGUGUCCUGGAGGAAGGCCCCGAGUGCAGGAUGCAUGUUGUGGAACAAACUGAGUUCAUUGAUGACCAGACCUUUCAGCCUCACCGUAGCACUGCUAUGCAGCCCUAUAUCAAACGAGCAGCUGCAACCAAGCUGGCUUCAGCAGAGAAGCUCAUGUACUUCUGUACAGACCAGCUGGGGCUGGAGCAGGACUUUGAGCAGAAGCAAAUGCCGGAAGGCAAGCUGCAGGUUGAUGGCUUCUUGCUUUGUGUUGACGUGAGCCGGGGCAUGAACCGUAACUUUGAUGAUCAGCUGAAGUUUGUCACAAAUCUGUACGGUCAACUUAGCAAGACUAAGAAGCCGAUCGUGCUGGUCCUUACCAAAUGUGAUGAAGGAGUGGAACGUUACAUUAAAGAUGCACACACAUUUGCUAUCACGAAGAAAAGUCUGCCAGUAGUUGAGACAUCUGCUCGCUCGAACAUAAACGUUGACCUCGCCUUUCUCACUUUGGCUCAGCUCAUUGAUAAGAGCAGGGGAAAGCCGAAGAUCAUCCCCUACUUUGAAGCCUUGAAGCUCCAGAGUCAGCAGAUAGCCUCUGCCAAGGAUCGCUAUGAAUGGUUAAUUAACCGUAUUGUAAAAAAUCACAAUGAAAGCUGGUUAAAUACAAGUCGACGAAUGAACAAUUCCCCAGAGUACAAGGAAUAUGUCUUUUUGGAGGGAACAUUUAAGUGCAAAAAGCUUUUUCAGCAGCAUGUGUACCGUCUGAAGCAGGAACACAUUGAGAGGCGUCGCAAAAUAUACUUGAGCACUCUUCCCCUAGCACUUAGUUCUUUGGUGCCAGAUCUAGAUGAGAUAGAUCAGCUUAGCUGGUCUGGGGUGCAAAAGGUGUUAGAGUCCAAACAACAUUUUACCCACUGGUUUGUUGUUUUGGAAGAUUCACCGUGGGAAGACACGUCUCACAUUGACAACAUGGAAGAUGAGCGAAUCCCCUCAGACCUACUGGAAACUGCAGAAGCAGAGGAAAUAUUCAAUUCCCACCUGGAACAUCUGAGAAAUGAGUGCAGACGGGCAGAGAUAAGGCAGGAGUUCAAACAGAAAUUAGCUUCCUCGCCCUUCGUCACUCCGGGUAAGCCUUGGGAGGAGGCUCGCAGUUUCAUCAUGAACGAAGAGUUCUAUCAGUGGCUUGAGGAGACUGAGUAUUUAGACCUCUACAAUCGCCAUCAGAAGGAGAUCAUUGACCGUGCUAAAGAAGACUUCCAGGAGCUUUUGCUCGAGUACUCUGAGCUCUUUUAUGAACUUGAAGUUGACGCCAAGCCAAGUAAGGAGAAGAUGGGUGCAAUUCAGGAGGUUUUGGGGGAGGAACAGAGAUUCAAGGCGCUACAGAAGCUCCCUGCUGAAAGAGAUGCACUAGUGCUGAAGCAUAUCCACUUUGUCUAUCAUCCCACCAAGGAAACGUGCCCUAGCAGUCCUCACUGUGGUGACUCCAAGAUCGAGCAGCUUCUCGCUACGCGUUUCCCUACGUGUUAUCCCUUUUUUGAUUUGAAAGCUCACAUUGGGGACACAAAGGCUGACAGAAUUAACCUUGUCAUACUUGGAAAGGAUGGACUGGCGAGAGAAUUUGCCAAUGAGAUUAGAACCCUCUGCACAAAUGAUGACUGGUAUGUUUUAGAUGGAAAGAUGUACGAGUUGACGCUUCGCCCUAUCGAGGGAAACGUUCGUCUUCCGGUUAAUUCUUUUCACACCCCAACUUUCACCCCUCAUGGAUGUCUAUGUCUGUAUAACUCAAAAGAGUCCCUGUCUUAUGUUGUCGAAAGCCUGGAGCGUCUCAGGGAAUCGACUCUUGGUCGAAGGGACAGCCAACUGGCACAGUUGCCGACAUUUCUUCUUUUGGUCACCAAAAGAGGUGUAGGAUCAUAUGUAGACAUUGGUGGAGAUACUGCCUUAAACCUAAUCACACAGGGACAGCAGUUUGCGAGGAGACUGCAAUGUAGCUUUUUAGACCCAGCCUCCCCAGGAAUGGGCUACGGUCACAACAUCAAUGAGACCCAAAUUAACCAGGUGCUGAGGGGCCUUUUGGAUAUUAGGAGGAGCACAACCUUUAGUAGCAGUUCCCCACCCCUCCUCACUGAGCCUCCAGGUCUCAGGGACUCUUCACAUCACCCAGCCCAAGAGCCUGACCUUCGAAUUGUCAUGUGCAUAAUGUGCGGAGAUCCCUAUGACAAUGAACAACUCCUUUCCCCUUUCUUAAUGCAUCAGCAUUGCAGGCCAAUGUCAAAUAGUGGUACUUCUGUCUUGCUGGAGCAGACAGUUGGCGGACAUAAGUUGGCCAUAGAACUUUCUCUACUCUCAUACCAUGCUUCCUUCACUCUGAGAAAGAGCAGGUUAGUGCAUGGCUACAUUGCUGUAUACUCUGUCUGCAGGAAGGCCUCACUAGAGACGCUGUGUGCAUUCUUGUGUGAGGUUCAAGACAUCAUCCCCAUUCAGCUGUUGGCUGUAGGAGAUAGUCAGGCAGAGCUCAGUGACAGUGACUAUGCAUGUGAACAGCUCAUUCAAGGGGAGGAGUUGGCUCACGAGAUUGAGGCGCGCUUCAACACCCUGAUUUGUGGAUCUGGCGGGGUGGUGGGAGGCCUGCACAGGAUAGAGAUGUUCCAUCCAUUUUUCACUGAGGUUAUGGAGAAGCGGAACAUUGUGGAGGCCACACACAUGUACGAUAAUGUUGCAGAAGCGUGCACCUAUGAAAAUGUCUACUCCCCACGCUGCAGUUCUCCAAGUCCUGUCACCAUGUUCAUGGACUCAGAGGAUGACGUUGAUCCCUCUCCACCAUACUAUGAUGGCACGCUUUCUUCCCAUGGUGGGGGAUACCACUUGCCUGACUUGGAUUCAAGUGACAUCUCUGUCAUCUCUGAUAUCAGGGACUUUGAGAAUAAGCUCAAUAACAAAAUACCCCCUCAAGUGAGAUCCAAACCAGGGGUCACCUUUGACUUCCGGAAGGUGAGCCGUAGCCCAUACAUUGAUACACUAGGUCAUCGUCGCUCCCUCCCCUCUGCUGUUACAUGGGUACCUGGUGGGGAUGUGGGUUACGAUCCCUCAGACUAUGCUGAACCUAUUGAUGCUGUGUCCAAACCCCGUCCCAGCAAUGAGGAGAUCAUAUAUUCAGUUCCACAUGACAGCACUCAAGGCAAAAUCAUUACCAUACGCAACUCCAACAGGAUGCACUCUAACGGAAAUGGCUCAGAUAGUGAAGCAGACAGCAGCUCUCUGGAGCGCCGGAGGAAGUUUUCUGCCGUUGGGGUAAAGCCUCGCCUGUACCGGGAUCGCUCGAAGCGCCUUGGCAAGUUCAGCAGCUUCCGUACAAGCUUCAUAGGCAGUGAUGAUGAGAUGGGAGCUCUUCCAAAGUGCAAAGAAGAUGACUUUGGGACCUUGAAAAGCGACAGUCUUGUAAAUGAGGAGAGUGAGGACCCAAAGAAGAGGAACAUUCUGAAGAGCCUCAGACGAACAGCCAAGAAAACAAGACCAAAAGCCCGGCCUGCUAUUCCCAAACCCAUGGAAAGCUGUUACUUUGGAGUCCCUCUGGCAAAUGUGGUGUCCCCAGACAGACCUAUCCCACUCUUCAUCGAGAAGUGUGUCAGGUUCAUUGAGACAACUGGGCUGAACACAGAGGGUUUGUACCGCGUAAGCGGCAACAAGUCCGAGAUGGAAAGCAUGCAAAGGCAGUUUGAACAGGACCACGGAUUAGACCUGGUGGAGAAAGAUUUCUCCAUAAACACUGUGGCUGGAGCUCUGAAGAGCUUCUGCUCAGAGCUGCCUGAGCCCCUGGUGCCUUGUGCUCUGCAGGUGGAACUCCUGGACGCUUUCAAAAUCAAUGACCGAGAACAGAGGCUGUAUGCCAUGAAGGAUGUCCUGAGGAAGUUCCCCAAGGAGAAUUACGAUCUCUUUAAAUAUGUAGUGAGCCACUUAAAUAAGGUGAGCCAGCUGAGCAGGCUGAACCUGAUGACCAGUGAAAACCUGUCCAUCUGUUUUUGGCCCACCCUCAUGAGGCCGGACUUCACCACCAUGGACGCCCUGACUGCCACCCGCACCUACCAGACAAUCAUCGAGACCUUCAUCCACCAGUGUGCUUUCUUCUUCUACAACCAGCCCCUCAUCGACUCCCCCACCGGGCUGGGAGGCCUCCCCGCCUCUCCCACCACCACCCUCAGCGGCGGCUCUGCCUACUCGUGUUACCGCUCCUCUCCUCCCCACACGGCCGCGCACUUCAGCCCCCUGCAGCAGUCCCCCACCACCACCCCGCAGUCCCCCCUGCAGUCCCUGCUGCCCCCCCUGCACCAGCACCCCCACUCCCACCACUCCCCCGCUGAACAGGAGACACUGUGAGAGACAAUAAAAACACGAGGAUGCUGGACCUUAUCACAGAGGGAGGAGAAGAAACUCAUGCCUUCAUGAUGGACAACUUCUGACUGAACUCUAAACUGCUGUUUGUAUUCAUACGUAUCUGGAACGGAAGCAUCGUCCAACUAGCCGGAAUCGGAUGAUGUCGGAAGUGGGAGACGGGAAUCACUGUUGGUCUGCAAACACCACUUAUCCCACCCUGCCAAGAAGGAGACACUUCUUCACCCAGCUGGAAGAGAUGAUUCGUCGCACCACAUUUCUAUCAUGUAAAACUUUUUCUUUAAUGAAAGUACUGCCACUGGAUUGAUGGAUCUGUCCUCAGUAGAUCCUUUAGGCAGCGGCUCGCUCCACAGUAGCAGAGGUUCCUCUCAGUCCACCUUUCGGAGUUUCCUCCCGCCGGCUUCACUUGGAGUCGGUGUGAGGAGGAUCCAGAAAGGCGGGCAGUGGUAACACAUCCAGGGAUGCACUUUACUGAUCACUGUUGAUUUUUUUCUCUCUGAAGGCUUUUAUUUCUGUUCUUCUUUUCUUUCAUUGUGUGUUUUUAACUUCACCGCUCAAACAGCCAUACCCAUUGCCUCAAAAGAGCUCUGGUUGAUCAAAUUGUGUUUACAUCUUACUUUUAUUUUUGUUUUUUUUCUAUCUGCAAACAGUUCUGAAGCACUUUCGGAUAAUGUUAAAAAUGAAGAAAUGCCACAAUGAUUAAUUGUCCAUAUUGCUUUUUUAGUGCUUGAAUGUGGCAACAAAGCAGCCUUGUAAAGCAAGAUCCUUUUUGUAAAAAAAGACUGUCUUUUAAUUUGAACCAGGCGUUCCGUUUUUAGGUUAAUGGGAAACCUGAAUCCGCUUAUGUUCGUCAUUCAUCAAGCCAAAAGAAAAAAAAAAAAAAGAAGAAGAAAGAUACAAAAAAAAGUUUGUCUUUUUAGCCGUUUGUUGAUCAGAGUGGAUGUUUAGGGACUUUGUUUUAAUUAGGCCUUUGUAUCGUCAGAGAAGACUUUGCCUGCCUGCCAUCAGUAAAGGAGAAACCUUUUGAAUGUGUAACUAAGUCAUACCUUAACGAAUUUACAUAACCAUCCAGAAACCAUGGAAACCAAACGCUUGAAACCUGAUAGGUCAGUGGACGUGUUGCUGUGGCUGUCUAUCAGACUGAGCUCUUUGUAGUCAUGUAAUAUUAAGAACCUUUAACGCUGAAAGUUUUGUCUUCUCCGUGUGUUGUUACCGCUGGUGCUGCUAUCCGUUACGAACAGAAGUGAAAUAUUAGCGGACACGCGUUCAGGAUGCACCACUAGCUGCUUACAAGCUUUCGUUUAUUCCGUCUGUGCUGGUCAAUUAGUUUCCCUUUUCAAAAUGCAGCACUUUUUUUUUUUUGUGGCAGCACUACUAAUGAAGGCCUGUUUAACUUCCAGGUGGAAGUAAUGUUCUUUUAAUGACUGAAAAAAAUAUGGACAAAUAUGUUUACAAGGUCUGGAUUGUGACUUUUGUGGUUUUGAACAACAAAUGGGUUGUAUUGGAAUUUGGGAUCAUCGGUUACUGGUACCCUCGGAAUGGGAUCCCGUUGAGACUGAAAAAAAUAAGGGCCCUUUAAAGCCGCUCCACCUUAGAAGUCGUCGCAGAAUCGGCUCCAGCAGCUGCUCCCCUCCCACACGAUUCCAGGGAGCACACCUCCUGUAACACCUGUGACAAGCCCUCUGUAAUGGUUAUCUGUAUAUUGGGAACGCCACCCUUUAGUCGAUGGUAGAAAACAUUUCUAGUGUGUAUUUCAAUGACUGAAAGUCCAUUUUUACAAUUUUUGUGAAUGGUUCAAGGCCAUUUGAGUUUAGUGCAUGAUUAAAAUGAAAAAAAGUUUAAAAAAUAAUAAAAAAAGAAACACUUGAAGGGAGGAUGAGAGCCCCUUACUGUUUUUAAUUGAUGAAAUUAGUACAAGAACAGAACAAAUAAUAAAGAGACAUAGCAAAAAAAAAAAAAAACAUGAAAGAUUCUGUACUGUGCACCAGGAGGAAACCAUGCCUGACUGACAAUAGUGUUUGAAGAUGAAGGCCUUAUGUGAACUGUACAUUAGUUAAUAAAUUACAUCUUGUAAAAUUG